AUAUGGAUAAUUUUAAUGUACCCAAAAAAGUGAAUCGUAAUGUUCUCAAGGCUCUCGGCAUCCUCCAAUCCUCUGGUACCGAUUACGUCGGUGUUAAUGACAUAACUCGCCAGGUAAAGGCCCAAAUGCGAAACUACAAUCCGGUCGCCAACGUGGAGGAAGCCAUCCUGGAGUCUUUGUGCAACCUGACUAAUCUAGGCAUAGUGAAGCGGAACAGCUCGUCGAAAUAUGCGAUUUGCAGUCCUGUUUUCGGGCGUGUGGGAAGGGCCCUGCCCAAUCGCAUUAUAAAUGUGCCGGGCGUUCCCGGAACACCACUGCGACGCACUGAGCGUGAGGCUCGUCCCAAGCGCAUCCUCGGGAACUUGAAUCCACGGAAGCCGGCCACCAGGGUCCUAACUGAGGAAUCUCUGUCUGGGAAUGAGAUGGACAAGGCGCGUAAGAGGAUUCGCAGCAACAACAAGCGCAUUGCAAAAAAUAGAGGAACUACCUUACCCAAUCAAAGACCAGAAUCGUCCGUGGCGGAUGAUCUAGGCAUACGUUUGUCGAGCGCAUCAACGGAUACACAACCAUCUAUCGGUUCCAUAGGCUGGACCCAUCCUACCCUGAACACAAUUGUCUUGCCAUCAUGUUGUACAAAACGGCGAUUUCCCCAAAACUUAAUGGAUGUCGUUUGUGAAGCCUGCCGCCAUGGGGUUUCUCUAUUACACGGAUCCCGCAACAGCAACUCGGCCAUAAAUAACAGAAUGGAUGUGGAUGUGCAUGGGGUAGGGUCAACUCAUUGCGCCGAUCCUGUCGGCUUGAAUGUCAGGCCUGCCGGGCAUACCUCCGGAGGGGAAUCUGAUGUCGAAAACGCUUCCGUGAUUGGACUCUGUGGUAGUCCUUGUGCUUGAAAGAGGAACAGGUUGUUGUCGACAAGAAUGCCUACGAUUGAUCCGGUCGCAUCGCAAGGUUCAGUUUGCCUAAAAGAUCAUUCGAAAAUAUCUCAAGAGGUAGUAAAUCCCACAUCGGAAUCUCCAGAAUCAAAUUAUUUAUUGCCUCAAGAAGUCGCCUCAAUCAGUCAAGAAGAAAAAAAGGCAGUAUCCCAGGAAGUGCAAAAUUCAAAAUCUCUGGAAGUGCAAUAUGAAUAUGUAUUACCCCAGGAAAAACAAAGUAAGAUCGCCGAGGAAGUGCAAAAUUCAAAAUCUCGGGAAGAACUCACAAUAUCUCAGCAA